AUGAUUCUUCUCAAAGUAACAACAGCAAUACUGUUACUUCUUGGCAACAUUUCUCAUGCUAAAAUUGUUCAAGUUCAAGUUUUAUCUAGACAUUGUGAUCGUUCUCCAGUUUCUCAAUAUCAAAUUCCGACGGAUCCUUGGGAUUGGCAAGGAUUUUUAGCCAAAUAUUCGUAUAGUGAUGGUGUUUCUCCUUCAAUUCAGAUUCCUUUCGGCCAAGGACAAUUAACUGGACUGGGUCUUCAACAAUGCUUUCAAGUUGGUAAACAUUUUAGAAAUAGAUACUUGUCAAGAUUUAUGAAUAAUACCCAGAAUAAUGGAGUGAAUGAAAAUCCAAAUGUCAUUAGUAAUUUAGUUUAUCCACAAAACAAUCAAAUGGAUACCACCACUGCUCACUGGAAUCCUCAGGACUUUCGUUUCUAUGCUACCAAUUAUGAUAGAACAUUAUUUUCAGUAUUCAGCAUUGCACAAGCAAUGUUUCCGAAUGGAUAUGGACCACUGAGCGAUAUUUCAUUGAAUGGACAAGUGAAUGCAAUGCCACAAGGAAUGCAACCAAUUCCAAUUCAUACUCAAACAUCAACCAAUGAAAUUUGGAUGUCUGGCUAUGGCAAAUGUCCAACUAUUGAUCUCAACAAUGAGGAAAAUCAACAAAGUAGUGAAUAUUUGAAAAUGAUUGCCGAUUUUAAACCAUAUUUGAAAAUUAUUUCUAACUUGACUGGUAUUCCAUUUGAGAAUGGGUUGAUUACAAUGAAUAGUCAAAAAUCAUUCCUAUCAAACAUUUUCUCGAAUACUGAAAGCAAAGAUGAAACAAGAGUUCCAUUCUACAAAUAUCUUGCUAGCCCAGAAGAUGCUCCAACACAACAAGAAUCCACACUAUCAAGCUAUCCACAAUUUACAACACCAAUUGAUUUUUCAAACUUCUACUUGGUUUUGGAUUUACUCAAUGUUCAAUACUCACACAAUCAACUCAAUUUGAAGGGAAUUUUGGAUAUUUGGGAAAAGAUUCUACAAAUUGGAGAUGCUUCAACCUAUAGUACCUUCUCAAGAAAGGUUCAAGGCACUUUGGGAGGUGGUCCACUCGUUCAAAAGAUGAUUGUUGAAAUGGAAAAGAUGAUUAGCUCUCUCAGUGGUUUGAAGGCAGACAAGCAAGCAGAUAAUUAUGGAGCUGAUCCUGAUGAAAGUAAGACAGUUCCAUACAAGUAUGUUCAUUACAGUGCUCACGACGUGACAAUCUUAUCCCUUAUGGCUGCUCUCAAACUCUCUGAUGACUAUCCUCAAUUGAGAGCAAUUCCACCGUAUGGAUCUCAAAUCUUAUUUGAACUUCAUCAAAGUGACAAUGUACCAGCUGGUCAAAAACCAACCCUUGACGAUUUUUAUAUUAGAAUCAGAUAUAAUAGAGGCUUUUCUGAUGAUAGUUUCACAGAGUAUAGUUUGAUUUCUCUGGCUGGAACUGGUUGCAAACCAGGAAAGGAUUCUAAUUUCAAUUGUUCCUAUUCUAAUUUCAAGAGUGUUUGUCAAGCUGAUGCCAUUCCAAAAGAUUGGUGCUCUGAAUGCAAGAAUACUAAGGCAGACAUUUGCGUUAGAGCUUUAUAUGAAAAGGAAAGAUCACUAACUACUAUCAUGCUUGUAAUUCUUCCAAUCAUGGGAGGUUUAUUAUUGAUUCUUUUGGUCUUAAUUGCCAUCAUUCGUUUGAGAAGCAGUAAACUGUCAAGAAUGGUCAGAGGAACAGCUGAUACCACAACCAUCAAUAGUGAAAGUGCAACUCUCUAUCAAACUCUUCAUUAAAAUCAAUUCAAUUUCUCAAUUAGAUGAUUCUUG